CUGAGUAUGACGCGCAUUCUGGCAUUUGUCUUUUACAAAUCCCGCAAAUGUUUGCAGAAGACGUUGGAGAAUACACAUGCAAAGCAAGCAAUGCUAUUGGUGUAGCUCUAUCUUCAGCUAAAUUACUUACUCAAGAACAAUAUGAUACUUGGUUUUCUAACGAGCAAGCACAAUUUACUAGGGACAGGAAAGAGCGUUUAUUGCAAGCUGCGCGACAACAAAUUCAGCAACAAGCCAUUGGAAGAAGAAAUUCUCAACAAAAACAAAAAAGCAUCAGUCAGUCUCCUCUAUCUACUCCAUCUUAUAUUCAGCGACAGCUCGAUCAGAUAGCUCAACAGCAGCAAUCUUUAGCGCAAAUAAAUGCAUCCACAUUAUCUUAUCAAAAAGGAUCGGAACAACAUUCUCCUCUUCCUUCUGAACAAUUAUUACCAUUAACUCAAAUGUUGCAUCAACUUCGCCAAAAAUCACUCGCGGAAGUACCUCCUUCUACUGUUCCAGAGAACCAAUAUGGCCACCAUGCUCAAAGUUCUGCAAGCGUUGGUGUUUAUCCAUUGAGCAGUAACAAUCAAAUAAUCACUCCACAAACUAAUCUAAAUCUUACAUCACACUCUGAUAAACUAGAAGAAAGAUUUAAUCAUUCACAAUUGCCCCAGCAUAUAGUUUCACCAAAUACUCAUAUUAGACAACAACAACAAAGGCAAUUAGGCAAACAAAUAAGUCAAGCACCAAAAUUUGCUUCACCGAACAGGCAAUUGUCUCAACAGCCCUUAGAAAAAGAACUGAGACAAAAUCAAAAUCGUUUAUUCGAUCUUCAAAGGCAAGAACCUGAUUAUAAACUACAAGAACCAACUUUAAGAGAAUUUCGUUUACGUACUCCGCCUCGUGAACAAUAUCACAUUAGCGAGCGUAAUACUGGAAUAGAUCGACAGCCACAAAAACCACAACAAUCACCACAAAACCAGCAAUACCGCCCACCUAUAAUCACACAGCCUCAACAGAAUUAUACUCCUCAACACUUUCAGGCCGACCAUCCUCAGCCUUUAGAACAUAUACAUUCACCUCAUAAGUCUCAGGCUACAUCUGAGUGGGAUAUCAAUCAGUGGCUCUUCGACUCAUACUCUGAUAAAAAAGGAAGCUAUCCAACAAAAAUCCAUCCUUAUUUAAAACCGCCUGAACAGGUCGAAUAUUUUCUACAACAACAAAAUAGACUACUUGAGAGGAAAUUAAAGAAAAUGGCACCCCCUAAAGUACAAAAGAAUGGUCCAAUGGCUAAUGGAACGGCUGUGCAACAAAAUACAUCAGGCGGCGUUUCCGGCAAUGUGAAACCUCCUCAGUUUGUAGAGAUGCCAAAGCCGUUAGCAGUUAAACCUGGCGAUAAAGCUGUUUUCACUGCAAAAGCUACGGGUCAACCAGUGCCGGAACUUACUUGGACCAGCUUAAGUCAACCUCAGAAGAAAUUGACUGCUGAUUCAAAAAAGUUUCAGAUUGCUGGUGGAAAGGACGGUCAAUCAAAGCUAACUAUUCUUUCGGUUCAGGAGCAGGAUCUGGGUGUUUAUGCGUGUGUUGCAAGCAAUCCUGGAGGGUCAUUUCAAGCUCAGUUUGCUUUACAAUUUGCUGAUGAGAUUAAAAAACAACAGAAUCAACAAAAAAGCACAGCCUCGGCAGUCACUGCACGGCAUAAAUUACAAUCACCGUCACCCGGUGCAGAUCAAAUAGAACGCAUUGUUUUGAAACGAACAGAUAGAUCAAGACAAUUUACGAACGCAAAACGCCCACAUUUGGAGGAAGGAGAAGAGCAAAAACCUCCAUCAAGGGAACCACCAAAAUUCACUAGCCCCUUAAAAAGCCAAACUCUUGUUGAGGGUCAACAUGCAUUGCUUGACUGUAAAUUUUCACCAACGGAUGAUCCAAAUUUAAAAGUAGCUUGGCUAUUAAAUGGAAAACCUGUUGUGGCUACACAACGUGUAACUAUUCUCAAUGAGUUUGGCUAUUCUGUUCUUGAAAUUAAUCCUGUAACUGUGUUCGACCAUGGCGAAUAUACGUGUAUAGCUGUCAACACGCUUGGAGAGAAUCGACGAAAAAAAUAG